AAUUGCCCCUCUGACGGACCUCAAAUUAUCCUUAACCAAAUUGUAUUUAUUUAUUGGGUUUUGGGAAUUCACUCAAAUAAUAGUAAAAUAAUAUUUUAUUCUUUUUUUGACCACAAAAUAUUAUUUUAACUUUUUUUGACCAUUAAAUUACUUAAAAAAUAUACAACUUUUUUCUUGUUUUAUCUUUGUUUUUUUCUCCUUAAUAAAAUAAUAAUAUUUUAUUACUCUAUUGUUUAUUGUUGUAACAGUAGUAUUUAUUUUGAGUAGUAUUAUUACAUUUUUCUCUCUUUUUCAUCUUUCAAUUUCUUGUAGCUUUGGAAUAACCUAUCAGCCAACAGAAAUUUUAUUUGGAGGAAGAUUGCUGAAGUGUGGAAUCACAGUGACAGGUGUUGCGUGUUGGUUUUGUAAUAUAGAGCAAAGGAGUGAAUUUUUUUUAUGUGCAUGGAAGGAAGAGAAGGUAUGAAUCCCGGCGUAACAGUGAUAGGGGCAGAAGCUCCAUCAGCUUAUCAUGUAGCACCAAGGAGUGAAGCUCCAAACCAGGUUCAUAACCCUGAAGCAGCAGCAGCUGUGGCCGGUACUGCCCCAGCUGCUGCUCCUGUCGGGGUUUCACCCGUAAGUGUAGGUUUGGAUGGAACAGUUAAGAAGAAAAGGGGUCGACCAAGGAAAUAUGGGCCAGAUGGGUCUGUCAAUAUGGCAUUGUCACCAGCGCCUAUCUCAUCUUCGGCUCCGCCCACUCUUCAUGACUUCUCAUCUGUGAAGCGUGUGAAACCACAUGGGAUGGAGUUUAAGAGGGCCAAAAAAGUUGUAAUGGAUCAUCUCGGUGAGAUGAAUGGACACGCUGAUGGCACAAACUUUAUGCCACAUUUCAUCACUGUCAAUGCCGGAGAGGAUAUUACAAACAAAGUUAUAUCUUUUUCUCAACAAGGUCCGCGAGCAAUAUGCAUCUUGUCUGCUACUGGAGCGAUUUCAAAUGUUACACUCCGUCAUCCAGAUUCCUCCGGGGGUACUUUGACUUACGAGGGUCGUUUUGAGAUCCUUUCCUUGUCUGGAUCAUUCAUGCCUACUGAGAAUCAAGGAACAAGAAGCCGGUCAGGUGGAAUGAGCGUCUCGCUGGCAAGAACUGAUGGUCGCGUUGUAGGCGGUGGAGUUGCUGGUGUUCUUAUAGCUGCCAGUCCUGUGCAGGUGGUGGUGGGAAGUUUUCUACCAAACGGCAAUCAAGAUCAGAAACUGAAGAAGCCGAAGUCUGAUUAUGCAGCAGCCACAUUUACUCAAGCCAUUGUGGUAUCCUCAGCACCGCCACCACCCCAAACUAAUAAUGCUGAAAAAGAGGACGUCAUGAGUGGAGGUGGACAUGUACUGCAAAAUUCUGGAAACGUGAACUCAAAUUUUACUUCUCCGCCUAGCGCAUUUCGAAGAGACAACAACUGGGCCAACAUGCAGUCUCUACCGGACACAAGAAAGUCGGCUACUGAUAUAAACAUAUCUUUGCCUGAUAGUUAAGUUAAUGAUCAACCAACAAAAUCUUUGUUCUGACAUUGUUUACAAGUGAGAUGUUUGGUUUUAUGUUGAAAGUGUUCUCUAUCAUCUUAGAUUGUUUUAAACAUGUUUUAUAUCUGUUACUACUGUAGGAUGUAGUUCACAGUGAUGUUGGUUGCUGCUAGGUAGAGUAUCUUGAUUUAUCGGCUAGUUAGGUAGAUGCAGCACAAUGCAUUAUUAUUAUGAUGAUGAUGAUUAGGCUAAUUCUGAUGUAAUGGUACCUUGUUUGUUUGCCUUUUUACUUAUGAUUGGAUUUGUUGAA